AUGGCCAGGUGCCACGGACCCCACCGGUUUCGGACCACGUCCUCACAAGCCACGCCCCAGCAGAGGAUCCGCCCUUGGCCACGCCCUCCCCAGGCGCCGCCGAAGACCCGCCUCCCGGCCGGCCCCAGUAUCCCUGAGCCGCUGGGGCUCGGGCGCGGCGCUUCCUCCGCGGUCCCGGCGGACCCGCUCGACCCGUGGCGUCCAGGCCGGCUCCUCCGUGCCUCUCCCGUGGGCGCGCCUUCCGCGGAAAAAGCUGCCGCCGCCGGUAAGUGGGCCGCGCGCUCGUCUGCCAGACGGAAGCCGAGGGAGCCGGGCGGCGUCUCCUCCCGCGGGCCCGCGAGCGGCGGUGGCGUCCUCGCCGGGUGCCCAGGGGUUCGGGCGGCGCCUCGGGGGCGCGCCCGGGCUGCAUGCAGGUGGCUAGGUGGAGCGCGCACUGCCGCAGCGCAGGGACAGCCCGAACGAGCCCCGCCAGUGGGCGUGGGGGCGCCGGCCCGGGACCCCUCGACCCCACCCUCCGAGGCUGCCCGCCAGCCUGAGCCGGGCCCCCACCCCUACCCCCACCCACAGGUCUCCCCGGCUCCCGGCGGCGGAGGCGGGCAGGCUCAGCCCGCGUGCGCGGGUGGAGCUUCCGUGAUCGAAAAGGCGUUAAGAAAUUUCGAGUCCUCGAGUGAAUGGGCGGAUCUUAUAUCUUCCUUGGGCAAGCUCAACAAGGCUCUGCAGAGUAACCUGAGAUACUCCCUGUUGCCCAGGCGGCUAGUCAUCAGCAAGAGAUUAGCCCAGUGCCUGCAUCCCGCCUUGCCCAGUGGCGUGCACUUAAAAGCCCUAGAAACCUAUGAGAUCAUCUUCAAGAUCGUGGGGACCAAAUGGCUGGCCAAGGAUUUGUUCCUGUACAGCUGCGGGCUGUUCCCGCUUCUGGCGCACGCAGCCAUGUCGGUGAGACCCGUGCUGCUCGGCCUAUAUGAGAAGUACUUCCUCCCGCUGCAGAAGCUGCUGCUGCCGAGCCUCCAGGCCUUCGUCGUCGGCCUGCUGCCUGGCCUGGAGGAGGGCUCGGAGAUCUGUGACAGGACGGACGCGCUGCUGCUGAGGCUGUCCUUGGUGGUCGGCAGGGAGGUCUUCUACGCUGCCCUCUGGGGGAGUGUCCUGGCCAGCCCAUCCAUCCGCCUGCCCGCCUCGCUCUUCGUGGUGGGCCACAUCAACCGGGGCGCGCCCGGCCGGGAGCAGAAGUACAUGCUGGGGACUGACCACCAGCUCACGAUCAAGUCCUUAUGUGCAUCCCUGUUGGACUCAAACGUGCUGGUGCAAAGAAAUAACCUGGAGAUUGUCCUGUUCUUCUUCCCCUUUUAUACCUGUCUGGAUUCCAGCGAGAGAGCCAUCCCCCUGCUCAGAUCUGACAUCGUGCGUGUCCUCUCAGCUGCCACUCAGACCCUCCUGAGACGGGAUAUGUCUCUGAACAGAAGGCUUUACGCCUGGUUACUUGGUUCUGAUAUUAAAGGAAAUACCAUCGUGCCGGAAUCUGAAGUCUCAAAUGCUUAUGAAGACCAGUCCAUGUAUUUUUUUGAGAAAUACUCCAAGGAUCUUUUAGUGGAGGGUCUGGCUGAGAUCCUGCACCAGAAGUUCGCGGACACCGACGUAGAGGAGCGCCACCACGGGUACCUGAAGCCUUUCCGCAUCCUCGUCAGUCUGCUCGACAAGCCGGAAAUAGGGCCUCAAGUUGUUGAGAAUUUGUUUCUCGAAGUCAUCCGAGCGUUUUAUUCUUACUGCAGAGAUGCUCUUGGCUCUGAUCUUAAACUUAGCUACACUCAGAGUGGAAAUUCGGUGAUAAGUGCAAUAAAGGAAAACAGGAACGCCUCUGAGAUCGUGAAAACAGUGAAUUUGCUGAUCACAUCCCUGAGCUCAGACUUCCUCUGGGAUUACAUGACAAGGUGUUUCGAGGACUGUUUCAGAACCACGAAGCGGAGUCCCAGUGUUGGGAGGAGCAUCGGCCCUCCCCCGACGGUCUCAGAGCUCUGCACCCUCCUCGUGUUCCUUCUGGACGUGAUCCCCCUGGAACUUUACUCAGAGGUGCAAACCCAGUGCCUCCCACAGAUGCUUGGCUGCCUGCUGCAGCCUCUGGCCGAGGAGAUGGAGAUGCUGAGCUUGUCCGAGCUCACACACGCCCUGAGGACCUGCUUCAAAGUGCUCAGCAAGGUCCAAAUGCCGCCUUCCUACCUGGACACGGAGCCCACCAGUGGGAGCUUGAGUCCGGUCAGAGGUGAAAACACCGUAGUGAUUGCCAACACAGAUGCAGUGCCCGUGGGCGACGAAGACGCACCGUUUCCCCCGCUGAAAUCAGAGGACAGCGGCAUCGGGCUGAGCGCCUCGUCGCCCGAGCUCUCAGAGCACUUGCGGGUGCCCCGGGUUUCCCCGGACAAAGACGACGUCUGGAAGAAGGGCGGGAGCAUGCAGAAGACGUUCCUUUGCAUCCAGGAGCUGAUCGCCACCUUCGCCCACAAGAACAUUUUCGGGGCGCAGCUGACAGCAUCCGAGGAAGAGGCCAAGUCAGCGGAGGAGCCUGCGGGCCGGCGGGAUGAGAGCGGGAAGGGCUCAUGGGAGGCCCGGCCCCUGGGCGGCGUGCCCCAGUUCAAGCAGAUGCUCUCUGACCUCUUCACGGCCCGAGGGUCCCCCUUCAAGGCCAGGAGUGUGGAGCUGCCCUCACCCCCGCCCCACAGCCCUGGCCGCAAGAAAGACGAGGGGUGGGCCGUGGACCAGGUGGUCCUUGACCUGGGGGGCUCCCGGGAGGGCGUCCGGGAGGCCUUCGCAGCCGCCUGCCACCUGCUGCUGGAGUGCGCCACCUUCCCCGUGUACCUGUCCGAGGAGGAGACGGAGCGGCUCUGUGAGGUCCUCUUCCAGCCUCCGGGAGCGGGCGAUUCUGGUUUUCCACCUUGGCUGAAGUCCCUGAUGACCAUCUGCUGCUGUGUAACUGACUGCUACCUCCAGAACGUGGCCAUCUCCACCCUGCUCGAAGUGAUCAACCACUCCCAGUCCCUCGCCCUCGUCAUCGAAGACAAGAUGAAACGCUAUAAAAGCUCCGGAUACAACCCAUUUUUCGGCAAGCUGCAGAUGGUGACGGUUCCUCCCAUAGCUCCAGGAAUACUGAAAGUCAUUGCAGAGAAAACAGACUUCUAUCAGAGGGUAGCUCGUGUGCUUUGGAAUCAGCUGAACAAGGAGAACCGGGAGCAUCACGUCACGUGUGUGGAGUUGUUCUACCGGCUGCACUGCCUGGCCCCCACGGCCAACAUCUGCGAGGACAUCAUCUGCCAUGCCCUCCUGAACCCCGACAAGGGAACCAGGUUGGAAGCUCUGUUUCGAUUUUCUGUCAUCUGGCACCUGACCAGAGAGAUCCAGGGCAGCAGAGUGACGUCUCACAAUCGCUCCUUUGACAGGUCCCUGUUCAUGGUGCUGGACAGCCUGGGCAGCUCGGACGGGGCCAUCGGGGCCGCCGCCCAGGGCUGGCUGGUGCGGGCACUCUCCCUGGGUGACGCGGCCCGCAUCCUGGAGCCCGUGCUCCUGCUCCUGCUGCAGCCAAAGACCCAGCGGACCGCCAUCCACUGCCUCACGCGGGAGAACUCGGCGGAAGACUGGCACCGCUGGCUCAACAGAAAGCAAGCCUCGUUCGCGGAGGCCUGGGACGCACCCGAGCUGCCGGAGGGCGGCUGUGAAGACGGCGCGCUCCUGAGCCAGCUCACCACGGUGGACCGCGAGGCCAUCUGGGCCGAGGUGGAGACGGAGCCCGAGGCGCGCCCAGCGAGCGGCGAGCCCCACGAGCACGACCGCCCCCCGCGCCUCGAGGACCUGCCCGACGGGCUGGCCCGCACUGCGGCCGAGGACGGCAGCGAGCGCACCGAGUCGGCGGACACGACCUCCGGCGCCACGGACAGCAGCGAGAACACGUCCUCCGUCUCCUCGCCGGCGCACGACCCCCAGGAGCUGAGCGGCGGCGAGCAGUGCUGCGCGCCCCUGGCCGCAGCCUCCCGGGCCCCCGGCCCGCAGGCGGGCAGCCCCACGUGCCUGGUGCGCUCGGACUCAGACCGGACCCAGGCCUCGGAGUCGCUGCAGUCCAGCGAUGACGAGGCUGCCGCGGAGCUCCAGGCGCUGACGGCGGCCCGGCUGCGGAAGCAGCAGCGCGAGAGGCAGGCGAGGCUGGAGGCCCUGUUCGCGCACAUCCUGCUCUACCUGCAGCCCUACGACGCGCGGCGGGUGCUCUACGCCUUCUCGGUGCUGGAGGCCGUGCUCAAAACCAACCCGCGCGAGUUCGUCGAGGCCGUGUCCAGGACCAGCGUGGACACCAGCGCCACGGCGCACCUCAACCUCAUCUCCAACCUCCUGGCCCGCCACCAGGAGGCGCUGGGGGGCCAGAGCUUCUACGGCAAGCUCCCGAGCCCGCCCUCCAGCGCGUGCCCGCACUCGCUGCUCAUAGAGCUCCUCACCUACCUGUGCCUCAGUUUCCUCCGAAGCUACUACCCUUGCUCCAUGAGGGUCUCGCACCGGGACGUCCUGGGCAACCGGGACGUGCAGGUCAAGAGCGUGGAGGUGCUGAUCAGGCUGAUGACGCAGCUGGUGUCGGUGGCCAAGGCGGCCGAGGGCAGGAACGUGGAGUUCAUCCAGGGCCUGCUGCAGAGAUGCCGGGUCCAGGAGUUCGUCCUGCUCUCGCUGUCCGCCUCCAUGUACACGAGCCAGAAGCGCUACGGGCUGGCCACGGGUGCGCCGGGCGGAGCCCUGCCGGAGGAGGGCGUGCUGGAGGAGCACGUCAUCAACCUGGGCCGGGGCCAGGUCUGGAGCGAGCACCCGCUGCAGAUCGAGCUGCUGAAGCUGCUGCAGGUGCUCAUCGUGCUGGAGCACCACCUGGGCCAGGCGCCCGAGGAGGCAGAGCAGCCGCCCGACCUCCCCCGGGAGUGGCGGCGGGCCCUGAGCUUCCAGCAGGCCAUCAGCGCCCUGCAGUACGUGCGGCCCCACCCGCUCACCUCGCAGGGGCUGCUGGUGGCCGCCGUGGUCAGGGGCCUGCAGCCGGCCUACGGCUACGGCAUGCACCCGGCCUGGGUCAGCCUGGUCACGCAUUCCCUGCCGUACUUCGGAAGGUCCCUGGGCUGGACGGUUACACCCUUCCUUGUCCAGAUCUGCAAAAACUUGGACGAGCUGGUCAAGCAGUAUGAGAGCGAGUCGGUGAAGCUGUCCAUCAGCAUAACCUCCAAGAGGGAAAACAUCUCCCCGGAUUAUCCACUCACUCUGUUGGAAGGCCUAACAACCAUUAGUCAUUUCUGUCUUUUGGAACAACCCAACCAAAGCAAAAAGACCUCUGCUGUGACCGACCCUACCAAUCUGAAGAAUGCCAAGAAUGCUAUUCUGGAAGAGCUCCCUCGAAUCGUUAACACCAUGGCCCUUCUCUGGAAUGUCCUCAGGAAGGAGGAGGCUCAGAAGAGACCCGUCGAUCUCCUCGGAGCCACGAAGGGAUCCUCUUCCGUUUACUUUAAAACCACCAAAACCAUACGACAAAAAAUUUUAGACUUCUUGAACCCGUUGACAGCACCUCUUGGAGUUCAGCUGAUGGCAGCUGUUGCAGCCGUGUGGAGCAGGAAGAAGGGGAAACGCCACAGUAAAACGAAGAUCAUUCCGGCGGCCAGCACAUCCCAGCUGACCCUCGUGGAUCUGAUCUGUGCGCUGAGCACCCUGCAGACAGACUCCGUGCUGCACCUGGUGAAGGAGGUGGUGAAGCACCCGCCGCAGGUCCGCGGGGAUGAGAAAUCGCCCCUGGUGGAUGUCCCCGUGUUGCAGUUUUGCUACGCGUUCAUCCAAAGUUAUAUCGAUUAUAUGUUGACACUACUUUGGAUGUAUCGAGUUACACACCGUGAACUUGUUUCUUCUUUUAAGGAAGUCACUCAAAAAAUUCUGGAUGCUGUUGGGAACAUUGCUGGGUCUUCCUUGGAACAAACCAGCUGGCUGAGCAGGAACUUGGAAGUGAAGGCCCAGCCUCAGAUCUCUCUAGAAGAAUCUGAUGCUGAGGAAGACUUGCAUGACGCUGCCGCUGCCGCUUCAGCGAUGGUCUCUGCCUCUGCGCCCUCAGUGUACAGCGUGCAGGCCUUGUCCCUCCUGGCAGAGGUCCUGGCAUCACUCCUGGACAUGGUUUACCGAAGCGACGAGAAGGAGAAAGCAGUGCCCUUGAUCUCACGUUUGCUGUACUAUGUCUUUCCUUACCUACGCAAUCACAGCGCCUACAAUGCCCCCAGCUUCCGGGCGGGCGCCCAGCUGCUGAGUUCUCUGAGCGGGUAUGCCUAUACCAAGCGAGCCUGGAAGAAAGAAGCCCUGGAGUUAUUCUUGGACCCAGCCUUCUUCCAGAUGGACACGUCUUGUGUGCAUUGGAAGUCCAUUAUUGACCAUCUUCUGACUCAUGAGAAAACAAUGUUUAAAGAUCUAAUGAACAUGCAGAGCAGUUCUUUAAAACUGUUCUCCAGUUUUGAGCAGAAAGCCAUGCUGCUAAAGCGCCAGGCUUUUGCUGUCUUCAGUGGAGAACCUGAUCAGUACCACCUUUACCUUCCUCUGAUCCAAGAACGCCUGACAGACAAUCUCAGAGUGGGACAGACAUCCUCAGUUGCUGCUCAGAUGUUUCUGUUUUUCAGAGUUUUGCUGCUAAGAAUAUCUCCCCAACACUUGACUUCACUGUGGCCAAUAAUGGUCUCUGAAUUGAUUCAGGCAUUCAUACAGCUUGAAGAAGAGCUGAAAAAGGACAAUGAAUCAUUGAGAAAUAGCAACAAAAUCAACAGAAUGAAAGUUGGAGCCUCUGAUGGAAAUGGGCCAUUGGUGGGGGAGAUACCCCAGAGUGAGCUGGUCCUCUAUUUAUCAGCUUGCAAGUUCCUGGACACGGCACUUUCUUUUCCACCUGACAAGAUGCCGUUAUUUCAAAUUUACAGGUGGGCAUUUGUUCCCGAAGUGGACACAGAAAGCCCUGCCUUCUCCUCAGAUUUAGAGGAGGAUCACCAAGAAUGCAAGCCCCACACUGUCAGGAUUCUUGAACUCCUAAAAUUAAAAUAUGGGGAAAUCGGCAGCUCAGAUGAGAUCGCCAUGAAGAGUGAGUUCCCUCUGCUGCGCCAGCAUUCUCUUUCCAGCAUUAGGCAACUGAUGCCCUUCUUCGGGACUCUAAACUGUGCUUUUAAAACCCAGAGUCGACUGCCCACCGACACCCAAGGCCCUCCUCUGCUCGCAGAGUUUCCUGUCGCAGAUAACCCAAGGGUCUUGAAACAACUGGAAGAAUGUGUUGAACAUGACUUUUUGGAACAUCUGGAAUGUUAACCUUGGACCGAAGAAUUUGUGUAAGCCAUUUACUGAGACCUUGAGAAAAGCCAGGAUAUACUGAAAACGGAAAAGGAGCCAGGACAGUGGUUCUAAACAAGUCUAUCUCAAUUUCGAAAGUAAAUUUUAGAUCUUUUUUUUUUGGUGGCCAGCAAAACACACCUCCCUGAAAUGCCUUGUAAUAUAUUUAGGUCUGAUUUUAUGUUUCUUCCUUCUCAAUGUAUGUAAAGAAGUGAAAUUAAUAUAUCAUCUAACGGUGGCACAAAAUUUGUAAUAUAAAGUGAACCAUGAAGAGAUUAAAAGUUGGGUUUUUUUGUUGCAGA